CGGACUGACAACUCAUGGGGCCCCCAGGCAAUAGGGGAUCAUGGGGCCCCUGUGUCCUUGCCCAAACUCAAAAAAGCCUAUGAAAAAGGUACCAGGGGCAUCUCAUGGGGCCCCCUACUGACCCCGGGCCCUCGGGCAGUGCCCAAGGGCCCCAUGAGUUGUCAGUCCGCCCCUGGCUGGGACCACACAGAAAUGUUUUCAUUUGGGAUGCAUAUACUGUAUGCGGCCUCUCUGCCAUAAAGCCCACCCACUAUGAGGCCGCAUUUAUG